AUGCGCACCCCCGCGCCUCUGAUCCCGCCCUCGCUCCCACCACAGGUCUCGGCGCCCCGCAAGCGAGCCGCCAUCGUGUUGGACAAACUGAUGUUCGCCCUCCAGAAGGCCCUGGACGACAACCCCCCGCCAGCCCCCGGGCCCCACCCGCCAGCCUACCCGAGGUCGCGACCCUUCGCUGGAACGAUGGACCUGCAGCGGCGAGGCAAUGGCGACGGGCGGCUCUACUGGCGGUGUUAUUUCAACGCUGUCUCCUGCUUCUAGACGGCGGGUCACGUAUUGCUACGGUCGGAACCAACAAAGAAACAAACAAACGAAUUUACUGGAAGAAAGAGAGAUGUUCACUUGGUAUUUCAUAAUUUAUGUGUGUUAUCGUCUUUUUUUCUUUCUUUCUUCAAUAUAAAAAGUCAUCCUUAUUCCAAUGGUGAUUAUUUUUUUCUCGAUGGCCAAGUGUGUCUAACCAAUUCACUUGAACGCACAUAUUAAUACAUUUCCUUGCACGGAUGUCAUUCUUAGUGAAGUAUUCCAGGGCUAAUGUACUGUAAUAUCGGUCUCCUCUGUCAAUGGUAUGAUUUCCGUGCUGUUUUAAAAUGCUGUACAUAUUCAUAGGGAAGUGUUGUCAAGACAGCAAUUCAGUAAUCGCUGUCAAUCACAAGCAGGCCUAUGGCAAAUGCAUGAUUUUUUUCCCUCUCCUUUUAAGCAAACGAUAACAAGAUCACGCACGGGAGUUCCACAUCCUGUCACGUAUCAGUCGGAAGUGUAAUCCUUGGGGUAUAAACGUUUUUUCAGAUGUAUCUAAUUAAUAAAAGAAAAAAAAAAACGUUUUCUCGAGCUGGUUUGAGAGAUAAUAACGACUUGGUCUCUUGUUUCGCUGAAAGAACAAUGCAUAUAACGAUGCCGUAUGAACAAUAUGUAUUCGUCUCUCUUCCUCUCUGUCUCUGUCUCACCUUUCUGUUUUUCUUUCUGUCUGUGGCUCUCCUUCCUGCCUCUCUGCCUUUCUCUGUCUCACCUAGUUGCCCCUUUGCCUUU